UGUGUGUGUUUUUUGACCAGGCCUUUAACCAUGAAGCACUGUGUGUUGUUGUCGCUGCUGUUGGCAUUGGGAUGCGUCCGCGCUGCACCGGUGGAGACUGUUGGCAUCGAGGAAGGAUCGUGUGAAGACGCGUCUGCGAAGGGGGCUGCAGGACUCGCCAUCACUAAGAUCAACCAGGACCGGCAGGAGGGCUACAUCUUCGCUCUGCACCGCCUGUCCAACGUGCAUAUGACCAAACAUGGAGAGACCGGCGUGGUUUUCUACCUGACUCUGGAUGUUGUGGAGACCAACUGCAGUGUUCUGAGCAGGAGCGACUGGAAGUCCUGUGAGGCUCGCCCCGACGAGGACACACCGGUGUAUGGACAUUGCAAGGUUGCCAUCUUCAUCAGUAAGGUGCACAGGGUGGUGCGCCUCUACAAAUACCAGUGUGUCAUCAGACCAGUUCCUUCAGCUCGCGUGACAGAGCUAUGUCCUGACUGUCCUACUCCUACGGACAUGGAAGAUGCUGAGAUUAAGAAGACUGUGUCUCUUUCGCUGGAGAAGUUCAACAACAUGAGCGGGCUGUCCAAUCGCUUCGCUCUGCUCAAAAUCAACCGUGCUAAUGCCGGGAUGGCCAUGUCGAUGUAUUACAAUGCAGACUACACCAUCCAGGAGACCACCUGCCCCAGGAGCUCUGCAGCAUCUGAUGACUGCCCCCUCAUGGAUUGCGAGUUCGCUCACAAAGGACACUGUAAGGCCAGCCUCUUUUAUUCUCCCACUGGGGAAGCUUUGCCAAGUGCAGAUUGUGAGAUCUAUGAGCCAGAGGCUGCUGACAGAGAGAAGAAACACCACCAUCUGGGCGGAGAGACCGACCACAGCCACACAGACAAACACCCACACAGCCACGACCAUGACCACGCACACGCCGUCGACGACGCACACACACACGACCACGCUCACGACCACACCAAGAGCCACGACAAUCACAACAAAACCAAGCAGCACACAGACAACAGCGACCACGACCACGACCACGAACACACCCACGAGCACGACCACGACCACACCAAGAGCCACGACAAUCAAAACAAAACCAAGCAGCACGCAGACAACAGCGACCACCACCACACGCACGACCACGAACACGACCACGGCGGCCACAGGCACGCUCACGCCCACUCCCACGACCACGGGCACGGCCACGAUCACGUGCACACUCACCACAGCAAGGCGCACAACCAUAGUGACGAUGUGCCCAACCAGCACCACAACUACAAGCACGCCGACAGCGAGCACACCCACGAGCACGACCACGAGGUGGCUCUGGAUCACGACCACAAGCACCCCCACCUGCACGAGCACGAGCACCACCACCAUCACCACGAACACGAGCACGAGAAUGCAUCCCACGACCACCCAGAGGGCAUGGUGAAGAUGAUUCCCGCAGUGGACCAGCCCAUGAUCCUGCCUAUUUUCCCCGAAGUCCCCCCUGGUGAGGUGGGAGUCACCCUGAACCUCAAGCCCGACCCCCAGAUCCCCGGACAAUCAGAGCCCACCAUCGAGGCCCACCCCACCGCAUUCUCGGCUCAGUGCGUCCCUGCAGCAGCUGGAACAACCCUGGCGGAGAAACUCUUCGCUGAGGACCCCCAGUUCAAGAGAUCCGCAUAAGUCGGCCCAUUCAUAAUUAGUCGCUGUUUAACCAAACCGGUAAACAUAACAUUAUACUGAUAUCAGUGUUUGGCUGCACAACAUAAUAAAUGCUUCCACAAAUAACCA